AUGGCUCCAGGAUCAUGUGGCAGAGGAAGUUCUUCAUCUCAUGGUGGACAGGAAGACGAGGAAAGGGAAUAUGAUACACUUUUGGCCGUUCAGGCACCUUCUGGUACACAGUUGGAAGUACCUAUUCCAGAAAUGGGUCAGAAUGGACAAAAGAAAUACCAGAUAAAUUUAAAGAGUCAUUCAGGACCUAUCCACGUGCUGCUUAUAAAUAAAGAGUCCAGUUCCUCUAAGCCUGUGGUUUUUCCCGUUCCCCCACCUGAUGACCUCACACAGCCUUCCUCACAGUCCUCGACUCCAGUGACUCCACAGAAACCCAGCAUGGUAGCUCAGAACUUGCCUGAGCAACAUGUCUCUGAAAGAAGCCAGAACCACCAGCAGAUGCCAGCUACAGAAAUAUCUUCAGAUAAGGUUAAGAAGUUGAGUGAAGCUAACACAAAAGCAUAG